UAAUAGUAUUAAUUAAGGAAAGAAGGCCGUGAAUAUCCGCAAAUCUUUGUCAGGACCCAACAUGAAACUUCGCUGCUCCCCUACGUUAAUUGUGUUCUUCAAUUUCACCUUGUUAUAAUUUGUACUUUUAAUUAAUCCCAGUUGUUAGUUGGUUCCUAUAUAGUUGUAUUCUAAGUUUCUAACACAACAAUCCUUGUAUUCAUUCAUUGCUUUGCUUUGCUUUGCUCCCAUAAUAACCUUAGCUUUUCUGUUGCCGCCAAAUUUUUGAGUUUGAGAUCAGAAGAACAACAACAUGGAAUCAUCACAGCUACACUCUGUGGAUUCUGUUCAAGUCAAGGAAUUGGAGAAACCAGAUCCUCCAACAGCAAGUGCUGUGAGCCAUCAAAGCCUGGAGGAGCCUAAAGAGCAUGCCAUCACUGCUCCACUUGUUCAAAAGGUUGAAGAUUCUGGUGGCAACAAGGGUACAGUGGAUUCAGUUGACAGAGAUGCUGAGCUUGCAAGAGUAGUUUCGGAGAAAAGAUUGGCUUUAAUUAAAGCAUGGGAAGAAAGUGAAAAGACCAAAGCAGAGAAUAGGGCAUACAAGAAGCUCUCAGCCGUUGGAUUGUGGGAGAGUAAAAAGAAAGCCUCAGUGGAGGCACAACUCAAGAUAAUUGAGGAAAACUUGGAAAGAAAGAAAGCAGAAUAUGCAGAAAAGAUGAAGAAUAAGAUAGCUGAUAUUCAUAGGUCAGCAGAAGAGAAAAGGGCAAUGGUUGAAGCUCAAAAGAGGGAAGAGUUUAUCGAGUUCGAGGAAACAGCUGCAAAGUUUCGUAGUAGUGGUCGUACACCAGCCAAAUUCUUUGCAUGUUUUAAAGCAUAAGUUUUUUUUUUUUCUAUUUAGCUAACUACAAAAAGAUCAGAACAUCAUUGGUGUGGUUAUUACUUGUUAAUAUUCAUUUGCUUUGGAGUGUUGUAUUUUCUCUUGGUGUAUAUACUAUUAUAUCAUUGAUAUGAACAAAGAAAUAAGUGAAGCAAUUGUCUUCACUGUGUA